CCAGACCUACCGCGCUCCACCAGCCUCAAAUCCCCGCUCCGUCAGACACAAUCAGACAACCGCCGCCUACCACCCUCCGCCGUCGCCGUCGCCGUCGCCACCACUUCGCAAGCCAUCCCAUGGCGGCCUCCCACUCCUCCCUCCUCGCCGCCGCCUCGUCUUCCUCCUGUGCGACUAUCGCUCCCCGCCUUCCCCGCGCAACUCGAGUCGCCGCUUCCCUCCCCUCGCCGGCUCGCGCCUCCUGCCCUUCUCUCCGCGCCGCUGGGAGGCCCCUUCGGGGCCGCUUCGUCGCCAGCGCCGCUCCCACGAUUCAGCCACCGGCGGAGUCCAGGGUCUCUACUGUGGUCGACGUCGACCUCGGCGACCGUAGCUACCCGAUCUACAUCGACUCCGGCCUCCUCAACGAGCACGACCUGCUGCAGAGGCAUGUUCAUGGGAAGAAAGUUCUGGUGGUGACCAACACAACCGUCGCGCCGCUGUACUUGGAGAAGGUGACCUGGGCACUCACCCACAACAACCCGAACGUGUCAGUGGAGAGCGUGAUCCUACCCGACGGCGAGGAGUACAAAGACAUGGACACGUUGAUGAAGGUGUUUGAUAAGUCAGUUGAAUCUCGGCUGGACCGCCGGUGCACAUUCAUUGCUCUCGGGGGUGGUGUCAUUGGGGACAUGUGUGGAUUUGCAGCUGCCGCAUUCCUCCGUGGCGUCAAUUUCAUACAGAUACCAACUACUCUGAUGGCCCAGGUGGACUCGUCUGUUGGAGGGAAGACCGGGAUUAACCAUCCACUUGGGAAGAACUUAAUUGGGGCAUUCUACCAACCACAAUGUGUGCUAAUAGACACGGACACACUGAAUACGUUGCCCGACAGGGAGCUGGCUUCAGGCAUAGCUGAGGUCGUGAAGUAUGGGCUCAUAAGAGAUGCACCGUUCUUUGAGUGGCAAGAGAAGAAUAUGUCGGCAUUGUUAGCAAGAGAACCAAGCGCUUUGGCCUAUGCUAUUAAGAGAUCAUGUGAAAACAAAGCUGAAGUGGUUUCGCAAGAUGAGAAGGAAAGUGGUCUUCGAGCGACACUAAACCUGGGUCACACAUUUGGUCAUGCUAUUGAAACCGGGACCGGAUAUGGAGCAUGGCUCCAUGGGGAGGCUGUUGCAGCUGGAACAGUUAUGGCAGCUGACAUGUCUCACCGCCUAGGGUGGAUAGAUGAGUCAAUCAAAAAGCGGACAGUUGACAUACUAGAGCAAGCCAACCUUCCCAUUGCACCUCCGGAGACCAUGACAGUGGAGAAGUUCAAAAACAUUAUGGCUGUUGACAAGAAGGUUGCUGAUGGAUUGCUGAGGCUCAUCCUCCUAAAAGGACCUCUUGGAAGCUGUGUUUUUACUGGAGAUUAUGACAGGAAAGCUCUCGAUGAAACCCUCCAUGCAUUCUGCGCCAGCUGAUGUUUCUCGAUUUUGGAUUUUAGUGAUUCUGUAUACUAAUAGCUACAUUUCAUUUGAGAGAAUAAAACACACUGUAUAUUAUCCUCAUCGAUAUCCUUUUGUCAGGAAUAACGGGGUAUGGUUAGGGGUUAGUUUGAGGUUGCAGAUGAUCGUUUCUGAUAAACUGUGAGCAGCUAUCGUUGAAUAAUGAAGCUUUACUGCAUCCUUUUCCCUGUCA